AUGUCUUCUCCGGCGCAGCAGUCCCCCCCAGCCUCGCCCCCUGACUCCCCUAUACCCGAUCGCACCACCUCGCCCGACAUUCCCUUGACCAUGUCGGCCUCCGCCAUACUCACAGCCCAACCCCGCGAUGUCACGGCCGCCCUCGCCAGUGCUGGCCUCUUCCCUAACGCCAAGGUCGUCGUUAGCUUCAAGCCUAUCGGCAGUGCCCCAUCUCUCCCCCGCUCCGUCUUCAAGAUCAGCGCCGAUCAGAAAUUUGAAAACAUCGUUCAGCACUUGCGCAAGAAGCUCAAAGUUCAGAGCACCGACAGUGUCUUCUGUUAUGUCAACAGCGCCUUUGCCCCUUCCCUCGACGAAGUCGUUGGGAACCUGCAUGGCUGCUUCAAGGACAUGAGCGACCAACUUGUGAUCUCUUACUCCAUGACACCAGCCUUCGGAUGA